GUUUGCUGAGGUGGAUCCAGAAAUCAAAAAGAAGGAGCGGUUGGAGAAAUUCUUCAAGAAUGAAGUUGAAAACAAAAAGAAAUCAAAUCAGCACAGAAGACGAGCAAACGGUCAGUCGUGGGUCGAUCCAACAUAUCCUGUUUGCACAUUAUCCAUUUUCUUAAUGCUACGCUGGCAGAUUGGAAUGAGAAAGAUUUCCGUUUAUUUGUUGGCAAUCUAGGCCGCGAAGUGACGACCGAGAUAUUGUCGAAUCUCUUCCGAAUGAAGUAUCCCUCAUUUACAAUGGGUCGCGUUGUCGAGAGCAAAGUCCACAAAGGCUCUGCUGGAUACGGCUUUGUAGCCUUUUCCAAUGCUCUGGAGGGAGUGAAGGCGAUGAAGGAAAUGAACGGAAAGCUGUGCGGAAGUCGGCCGAUGAAGAUUCAGCGAAGCGAGUGGAUGAAGAAGGAAGAGUCGUACGUUCGGAAGAAGGAGCGGAAGGAGAAGAAGGAGAUUAAAUCGAUCGCGAAAGCGAGAGCAAAUCUUGAUUGA